AUGAGUCACUCGUUUCACUCUUGUGCAGUAGAGGGCGACACACAUCAUAAUGGAGUCUCCGUCAACCCGAAGAAGAAAAAGUGGCACAUCCUGAUCACCCCCAGGACCCCGCCCCCCUCGCGCCGCGGCUCGAGCUCACCGGGAACAUGCCGAGCGCGUGCCGCAGACAUGGAGCGGAACAAGCGGACCGCGUCUGAACCAUAG